AUGACGUUUGUUUUCCAGAUGGAGUCAGUGCGAACGUUAUCUUCGAGGGUUCACGAAUUCUGGCGAAGCGUGGUAGAAUGGCGGAGUCCCGCCUCUGGACCGUAUUUAAUGCUCGUCAAUGCAGCAUUCUGGGCCACUGCUCUUUACUGCGAUGAACUCGUACAGCUUCGGAUCCUGCUAUCUCUGGCAGCAGGAGUGGUCGGUUGGGAUGUGCUACUUUCACCUACGCAUGAGCGAAGUAUAGCUACUCAUGUGGCAUUGUGGCCAGUGCAAUCCAUAUGGAGGACGUUGUCCGUGGCUGGCUGUUUAUACAGUUCCCAUCAGCUAAAAAUGCAAGAACUGGAAACUGCAUGUAUAGCGGCUUAUGCUACAGUUGGCUGUCUUCUUGUCAAUCCCGUAUGGGAUUACUACGAAGUUAAUCAAAAAAUCGUGUACACUUCAAAAUUUUGCGGGCGAAAAAUGGCGGAUGGGGCAACGGUGGUGAUUGUGCGUCCACUACAGGCUGUUUAUCGUGCUGUGAAAUAUGUGGUGCUGUUGCAGUUUAUACCGCGUGAGUUGCCCAUUCGCACGUUUGAUGGUUGCAUGGUUACAGCAGUGUGGCAGAGCUGGCUUUUUGAUGAGCAGGAGCAGGGUCCUCAGGAGCUCAUUGUCGUUCUCUGUUGUGGUUCUCGCAUAAACCUAGUCUAUGCGGUGCACUGCUUUGGAGAUCAGGAUACCGUGGGGGUUGAGGAUACCUACAGAAAGCGGUCGUGUUUAGUUCCGAAGAGAGACCCUAUUUGGCUCGCUAAGGAGGAUCUACUUUAUUCGCAAGCGGUGUGGGAAUUCCGAAUGUAUUAA